CACAUAAUGCUGCUUGUAUGGUGGGAGGAGGAGGAGGAGGAGGUAGUAGUCAGCUGAGCUGCAAAGAGGGGAGGAAGCAUCAUAUGAUAGAGAGGAAGGAGCUGCAUUCAAUGAGCCUGACAUUGGAUCCAAGGUACCGGAGAUCAGUGUAAGAGACCCCAGAAUAUCGUCAGUAUUGUCAUUAUCCCUCACCAGCCAUGAUUCACAGCUUGUUCCUCAUAAACCCUUCGGGGGACAUCUUCUUGGAGAAACACUGGAAGAGCGUUGUAUCGCGAUCUGUCUGUGACUACUUUUUCGAGGCUCAAGAGAGAGCGUCCGAGGCAGAAAACGUGCCGCCGAUCAUCCCUACGCCUCACCACUACCUACUGAGUGUUUACCGGCAUGCUAUCUUUUUUGUGGCAGUCAUCCAAACCGAGGUGCCACCGCUUUUUGCUAUUGAGUUCCUUCACCGGGUAGUGGACACCUUUCAGGACUACUUUGGGUCAUGCUCAGAAGCUGUCAUAAAAGAGAAUGUUGUGGUGGUCUAUGAGGUUCUUGAGGAGAUGCUAGACAAUGGCUUCCCACUUGCCACCGAAUCCAACAUCCUUAAGGAGCUGAUCAAACCUCCAACCAUCCUACGCAGUGUGGUGAACACCAUCACAGGAAGCUCGAAUGUGGGUGACCAGCUCCCCACAGGACAACUCUCUGUAGUUCCAUGGAGGAGAACAGGGGUGAAAUAUACCAACAAUGAGGCCUACUUUGAUGUAAUAGAAGAGAUAGACGCCAUCAUUGAUAAAUCAGGGUGUACAGUGGCAGCUGAGAUUCAGGGUGUGAUAGACGCCUGUGUAAAGCUUAGUGGGAUGCCAGAUCUAACUCUGUCUUUUAUGAAUCCCCGUCUUUUGGAUGAUGUCAGCUUCCACCCUUGUGUGCGUUUUAAGCGCUGGGAAUCGGAACGGAUCUUGUCCUUUAUUCCUCCAGAUGGGAACUUCCGUCUGCUGUCCUACCACGUCAGCGCCCAGAACCUGGUGGCCAUUCCAGUCUAUGUGAAGCAUGGGAUAAGUUUUCGGGAAGGAAGCAGCUCUGGACGUUUUGAGGUGACCCUAGGACCCAAGCAGAGUAUGGGCAAGACUGUGGAAGGUGUCACUGUAACUGGCCAGAUGCCUAAAGGUGUCCUAAACAUGACACUGACCCCAUCCCAGGGCACAUACGUCUUUGAUCCUGUGACCAAGUUAUUGUCAUGGGAAGUGGGGAAGAUUAAUCCUCAGAAGUUACCAAGUCUGAAGGGAACCAUGGUCCUCCAAGCUGGCUGCUCGAAACCUGAUGAGAACCCAACACUAAACCUUAACUUCAAAAUCCAGCAGCUAGCUAUCUCAGGGUUGAAGGUGAACAGGUUGGACAUGUAUGGUGAGAAGUACAAACCCUUCAAAGGAAUCAAAUACAUGACCAAGGCAGGCAAGUUCCAGGUCAGAACAUAAAGGAAGAUGCGAUUCGGAGGAUGCUGAACUUCUAUGAACACCUGUGAACUGUAUAGAUGCACCUGACGCUCCUACAACUACUCUUGUAAAUAAGGACGUGUGACUUACAGUGCGUGUACUUGUGUCUUGUAUAUAAAUCAUCAAAACCAAGUUGUGAAUGAUUUAUAUGAAAGAGGUUCCCCCAUUAUUCCUUGUUAGACAAGUGCUGGGGUUUGUAGAGAGAAGAGAGCAGACUUAAAUUAAUUAAUUAAAUAAAAUAUGGGUCACCCUACUGAUACUGGUUCACACCAUCACAACCAUUAAAUGGGUAUUCCGGCCAAAUACAUCUUAUCCCCCUGUAUCACUCCUAGCCUGAUGACAGCCGAUACAGGGACCGGAAUAUCGUGACAUCAUGCCCCGCCCCCUUGCAACAUCACGCCCUGCCCCCUCAAUGCAAGUCUAUGGGAGGGGGCGUGGUGGCAGCCACGCCCCCUCCCAUAGACUUGCAUUGAGGUGGGUGGGGCCAUGAUGUCACGAUACUCCACCACUGUAUCGCCCGUCAUCAGGCACGGAGCAAACUUCGCUCCAUGCAGCAAAUGACGGGGUGCUGCAGGAGAGAUCGCGGGGGUUCCCAGUGGUUGGACCCCCGCGAUCAAACAUAUUAUCCCCUAUUCUUUUGAUAGGGGAUAAGAUGUGUUUGGCCGGAAUACCCCUUUAAGCCCACCCCUUACCUUUCCAGGGCAGGAACACAUGAGGUGUUCUCUGCAGGACAAAACAGACAGUAAUAGUUAUAAUUCGCUCCUCUUGCCCCUAAAAAGGAGUAGCCCAGCUCAGGGUAGCACCGCCCCCGAGGAACAGGCACAUGGAGCUGCCCCUGAUCCUCCUCAUAGCAGUUGCUCCUAUGAUGUGUGUACCAGGAGAUCCUUUUCCAUUCCUCACAGCGAAUCCAUACAUCUCAGCAUUACAUCAGGUUAUAUCUACAGGCAGUACUUACGGUAUAGUGUGUAUGGCGCACUGUGUGUUGUUUUUCAUUGUUCCCCUGUGUGUGUGACUACUUUAUACAGUUCUGCUGCAAAUUUAUGACUACUGAAGUACGUUGCACUCCUUCAAAUAUUUACAAGAUAGUACUUGUACCAGGCUUGCACUAGUAAUACCCAGCAUGCUGCGACAUGGCAGCACAGCUAAUAAUUGUGGAUGUUACUGGAGGACGGAUACUCUACAAAGUGCUCAUGGUGAAUUGUAGCAGUGAUGUGUGACUCUUUGGCUCCGUACAUGGUGCGAUUGCCAAUGGAGGACUCUCCCGAUGCUUAUAGGGUUUAUUCCUGUGGAUAUGUAUAAAAUUGUUUAACCCACCAAUUCCUUUGUGUAAUAAAGUUAUUCCUCCCAGGAUA